AUGACCAAUCUUCGAGGUCUCCUUGUUGCGCUAGCAGCAACUCCCGUCGUCUUGGGUCAAAGUUCGACUUAUGAGACUUGCCUCAGAGAUGCUGUAGCUGAAGGUGGCAGUGUGGCCUUCCCCGACGCGCUGCUCUAUCAAGCUGUUGACGUCAAUCGUUAUAAUUUGAACAUUCCGGUUACUCCCGCUGCCGUCACUUUUCCGACCUCGUCAAAACAAGUCGCCUCCAUCGUGAAAUGUGCCUAUGACAAUGGAUAUCCUGUCCAAGCCAAGAGUGGUGGUCAUAGCUAUGGCAACUAUGGACUUGGUGGAACAGACGGAGCAAUUGUCGUCGACAUGAAGAGCUUCCAACAAUUUUCAAUGAACUAUAGCACGUGGCACGCAACAAUCGGGCCUGGAACGCUCCUGGAGGAUAUAACUAUACGGUUGUACAACGCGGGCAAGCGCGCAAUAGCCCAUGGUACUUCUCCACAAAUUGGUGCUGGCGGACACUUCACCAUUGGUGGUCUGGGGCCACUUUCGCGUCAAUAUGGAAUGGCUCUCGAUCACACUCUGGAGGUAGAAGUAGUACUAGCGAAUGGGACCAUAGUGCGUGCUUCCGAAGACGAGAACCCGGACGUUUUCUGGGCGAUCCGAGGCGCAGGAUCCGGCUUUGGCAUUGUGACAGAGUUUGUUGUACGCACAGAGCCUGCACCAGGCAGUGCGGUGCAAUAUGAGUUCACAUUCACUAUCGGUAAUGCACAAUCCCAAGCCGCGCUAUAUAAGCAAUGGCAAGCGUAUAUUGCGAACCCGGAUCUCACCUGGAAGCUAGCCUCGACACUUUGGGUGCUCCAAGAUAUCAUGAUCAUCACCGGUACAUACUUUGGCACUAAGGCGGAAUACGAUGCGUUGGAUAUGGGCAGCCAAUUCCCCGGGGCUACUAACAGUAGCGCGAUUGUCUUCGAGGACUUUCUCGGUCUGGUUGCUGAAUGGGGCGAGGACUUUCUCCUUAAAUUAACAGGAGGUAUUCCAUCUAACUUCUAUGCCAAGUCAACCGCGUGGACACCACAGGACUUGAUGUCGGACGAAUCGAUCGACCAGUUCUUUGAAUACGUGGAGACUGCAAACAAAGGGACACCUGUUUGGCUUCUAGUGUUUGAUUUCGAGGGUGGUUUCACCAACCAAGUCGAUGUCGAUGCCACCGCAUAUCCCCACAGAAAUUUCUUGAUCUGGCUGCAAACGUAUGCCAUCAACCUUCUCGGGCAUGUCACACCUACCAUUGUCAAGUUUUUGGACGAACUCAAUCAACUGGCUAAUACCAGCUCCCCAUAUGAGGCAUAUCCGGGCUACGUCGAUCCGCUACUGCAGGAUGGCCCGCAGGCUUACUGGGGCUCUAAUUUACCCCGGCUGGAGCGGAUCAAGGCCCACAUUGAUCCUAAUAAUGUAUUUCGCAACCCGCAAAGUCCGCAGCCAGCUGCCUAA